AUGCCGUUCGCAGACUCUCACGCGGAAAAGCAACAGCUACCUCCCCCUACAGGCAGCUCCUCUCGACCGGAGGCGUCCGAUUCCUCCUCGUCCGGACCAUCGGCCACAUCCCACGGCUAUUCGUCUUCAAGACGACCAUCGAGCGUCGGUAGCGUUGAAGGGAUUGCUCAAUACGAUGGACAUCGACCAUCCGAAGAGGAGCUGACACGAUGUCGGUCAAGGAGAUUGUCAGCAUCUCAAGUCUCGGCCCAUUCGACCGGUUUCGAAGGUGUCGGGCUCGUUCCUUGGUUUUCCGGGGAGUCCAUCAUUUCGAGAAUUCGAUCCCGACCUCCCGUGCCCCCCUUCCAUCAUCCGCUCGCCGGCUGUCCCACCACUGACGACUAUCUCGUCGAUUUUGACGGACCAGACGACCCGUACCGUCCCGUCAACUGGCCGCCUCGCAAGAAAGCCACCACCACGCUCCUCUACGGCCUCGUCACCAUGACUGCCACUUGGGCGUCUUCCGCCUAUUCGUCCGGCACCCACCUGGUCGCCGCCGAGUUCGACGUCAGCCACGAGGUCGCCGUCCUCGGCACCACUCUUUUUCUCCUGGGCUUCGGGCUCGGCCCUUUACUCUGGGCACCGCUCUCCGAAGUAUACGGGCGUCGCGUCGCCGUCCUCACCCCCAUGGCCAUCGCCGUGUGUUUCUCCUUUGCCACGGCCACGGCGAAAGACCUACAGACCAUCCUCCUCACGCGGUUCUUCGGCGCCGUCUUCUCCUCGGCCCCCGUCACCAACACGGGCGGCGUCCUGGGCGACCUCUAUACGCCCGCCCAUCGGGGCUACGCCAUGGCAGGGUACGCCCUGGCCGUGGUAGGCGGGCCGACGUUGGGACCCAUCGCCUCGUCGGCCGUGGCGCAAGACCCGUCCCUGGGCUGGCGAUGGACGGAAUACAUCACGGGGAUCCUACAGGCGUUCGUGCUGGCGGUGACCGUCCUGCUCGUGGACGAGACCUACCCGCCGAGCCUCCUGGUCCGCAAAGCGCGGCAGCUGCGCAUCACCACGGGGAACUGGGCCCUGCACGCGCGCUUCGAGGAAUGGGACGUCACGCCCGCCGAGCUGGCGCGCAAGUUCCUGAUCCGCCCGCUGCAGCUCCUCGCGACGCCCAUCUGCGCCCUCAUCGCCCUGUACACGAGCUUCACCUACGGCGUCAUGUACAUGCAGCUGGGCGCCGUGCCCAUCAUCUUCGCCCAGCGCCGCGGCUGGGGUUUGGGCGUCCGCGGCUCGCUCCCCUUCCUCGCCCAGUUCCUCGGCGCCGUCACCGGCCUGGGCAUCAACGCCGUGAACCAGGUCGGCUACAACCGCGCCCUCAAGGCCCGCGGGGAACGCGUCCUCCCCGAGCGUCGCCUCCCGCCCAUGAUGCUCGGGUCCGUCCUCCUUGCCGGCGGGCAGUUCAUGAUGGGGUGGACCGCCGAGCCCGAGGCCGCGCCCUGGAUCGUCCCCGUCAUUGGCCUGUACCUGUCCGGGUGCGGCUUCAACACCGUUUUCCAGGCGGGGCUGAAUUACCUUGUUGACACGUUCCACUUGUAUGCUGCUAGCGCUGUGGCGGCGAAUACGUUCCUAAGGAGUUGCUUCGCUGCUGCUUUCCCCCUGGCGGUCGGGCCGCUGUAUAACAACCUUGGUGUGGGGCCCGGGGCGAGUAUCUUUGGCGGCUUUGCCUGUCUACUGAUCCCUGUGCCGUUUGUUUUUUACGCUUAUGGGAAGAGGAUCCGGGCGGCGAGUCAUUGGAGCAAGGGGAGUUGUCUGGGUUGA